UCUUAUUUUAGGGUCCGAUUUUGUACAGGUGCACAGCCCUAUCCGAUGACAAAGUGACAACCCAUAUUCUCAAACAUGAAACCUUUUUUUUUUUUUUUUUUUUUGAGGGAAUCUCAAACUUGGAACUUCAUCUUCCGGCUUUUCCAACUCCAGUCCAUCCGAGGGCAUCCUUCUCCAAACCGAGGAUCUCAGGACCAAAUUUUCCAUAGGGUUUGGCUUGAUAUAUGUGUCAAUCAACUCUUUAUCAUUAUUGUUGAAAGUUAAAGCGAAUGACUCCAGAUUUUAAUUGACGAUUAUUGAGUUGAAAAUUUUGCAUGGCUUCUCCUAAAUAUUGGUGGGGUGUUGCCAAAAAGUGUUUCACAGUUGGUCUCAUAUCCCUGACUGUUUCUGACCGAUGUGGGAGUAUCACCCCUAUUUCCGGACAGUCUAUGUCUCCUACAUUCAAUCCUGAACAUAGUACUUUUAAAGACUAUGUUUUGGUGGAGAAAUUUUGCCUCAUGAAGUGUAACUUUUCACAUGGUGAUGUUAUAGUUUUCUCGUCCCCAAGUAAUCACAAGGAAAAACAUGUGAAGAGGAUCAUUGCUAUGCCUGGUGAUUGGCUCAGUACCUCUGAUUCUUAUGAUACAGUGAAAAUCCCUCAGGGUCAUUGUUGGGUGGAGGGAGACAAUCCAGCUUCCAGUGCGGAUUCUAGAUCUUAUGGUCCAAUCCCUUUAGGUUUAGCCCAAGGUAGGGUCACACACAUUUUGUGGCCACCCCAGCGAAUAGGCAAAGUCGAGAAAGUAGUUCCUGAACAUAGGCUUUCCAUGACGACUAGGCAGACAACGUCCUAAAUAUGUCUGCCAAAGAUACAGGAAAACGUUCCAUUUUGGCACUGACGAAAUUUUGGUGGCAACUCAAGGGGAAUUGGGGUUAUAUUUCUUCCAGAGAGAAAAUUCUGUUCGGUUUGUCAAUGUCUUUCUUGUUAAUCUCACUGAAUUACAAGCACUUUUUCUCCUUAAUGAUAGUCUAUUUCUAUA